UUGCCUACCCCAGCGCCGAGCACGGUGCUUAGCACCCAGCGAGCACGUAAGACAUACCGCAGUUGGGGGCCCGGGGGGCCGAGGGCUUGGUGGGCGUCGAGGGUGCCGUCUCUCCCUGCUGAAGCGGAGGGGCCUGGCGAAAGCGGGAAUUGGAGACUCGGCCCUCCUCCGCCCCCGUCUCCGCGAGGAGGCCCGGUCCUCCUUGGGGAGGUGGAGUCCCAAGGAGCCGAGGAGGGGCCGGGGUGACCACCCCCGGCUCUGUGGGGACGACCAGAGUGAAGGACCCCCCGCUCGGGUGGGGAGGGGGCGGCUUCCUGCCCUGUGCCCCCGAGCCCUCGUCCCCUCCAGCGGGGCCCGCCGCCCGUCCUCCCAAGAUAACCUCAUCUCUCGCCCUAGUCUCCAUCACCCCCUCCCCGGGGCCCCUCCCUCCCUCUCGCACCCCCCACCCCCCAGCUUCCUCUCUGCACCCGCCCGGGUUCCUCGUCACUAUCGACUCCUCCGGGGAAGCAGGCGUUCUCCGCUCCCGCCGCCCCCGAACCGCAGGGCGGGCGGCCCGGGAGGCUCGGGGCCCGGGCGAUGUUUCCAGCGGCGGGUGUGCGAGCCGGUGACCCCGCGGGCAGCUGAGGAGGGGCCGCAUCCCCAGGAGGAGGGGCCCGGGGCGCCCCGGGACGAGGAGAGGCCGGACAUGGCGCUGGCGAACGGGAUGGGGGAGGCCCCUCCGGCCCCCCUGGUCCGACUUCAGAGGAGCCGGGGCCUGUGGCAGCUGCCGGACCUGGAGCCCUGUCAGGCGGCCCAACUCCUGGCCCCCCAGCCCCCUGGGAGCUUCGUGGUGACGGGGACCGCGGAGAGCUGCGUGCUGAGUCUGCGGACCGACUCCCUCCCCGGGGCCGUGGGCACCUACCGCGUCCUGGAGACCCCGGCCGGUGUGUCCCUGGACACUUCCCAGCUGAGCUUCCCGGACCUGCCCCAGCUCCUGGCCUUCCUGUCCAGCAGCAGGGACAUCCUGCCUCGGACUCUGCUCCUCCCGCCGGGAACCUUGGAGGCUCCUCAGCUGGACGCAGGGCCGGGGCCCGAGGAUGGCCGGCGGGGGUCCGGGCCCCCCCAGGCGGGCACCUUCCGGAUCGCGUACGCCGGCGGGGCCCUGUACGUGGUCAACCCCCUGUUCCUGGAGGAGCGGCCGGAGGCCACGGAGGACGGGCUGCGGACGCCCCCCGGGACCCGUGGGGACCUGGGGAGCCGAGGCAAGGUCUCGGCCUUCUCGCUCCCUCCCUCGGCAGGGUCCACCCCCUCCCACAGCCCCCCGCCCACCCCCACGCCCCCUCGGGCCACGCUGAGCCCGUACCGGGUCUCCUGGAUCGAGGGCUCUGUCUGCUCCACGCCCCCCGAGCCGGACUCGCUGUCUCUGAGCAGCGUGGAGGAGGAGGCCGUGGGCGGCGGGGAGGCGACCCCGCCGCUGGGGGGUCCCGCCCCGACCCGGCCCCGCCGCCCCCCGCCGGCCUCCCGCGUCUUCCACCGCCUGUCGGCCGUGGGCAGCGCCCUGAGCGGCCUGGUCUCGGCCGAGCGGCGGGUGGCCCACCGCGUGCUGGAGCUGGCCCAGGAGCCGGACACCUACGUCGGGGGGCUGGUGCAGAGCUUCGUGUGCCACCUGCGGGCGGGGGGCGCGGCCCGGCCCGCCUCUAGCACCGAGCUGCUCCAGGAAAUCCGCCAGCUGCUCAGCGGCCUGCGGUCCUACCUGUGCGCCAGCUCCGAGCUGCAGGCCGUCGGGGCCGGGGACGACGGCGGAGACUUCACCCUGGAGUCGGCGGUGGAGGCCGCCCUGUACAAGUGCGUGCUGAAGCCCUUGCGGGACGUGGUGUUCGGCCAGCUGCGGGAGUACAGGGAGGAGGAGCUGCGGCGACUGGAGCGGCGGCAGCUGGCCCUGCGGGCCCGGGGCCGGGCGGCCAUGGGGGUCACGGCCGCCGUGCCCGACGCCCCCGCCCUGGAGCGCAUCCAGGCCAAGCUGGUCCAGCUGCACGCCGCCUACGCCCCCCACAAGAAGGUGGCCCUGCUGCUCAAGAUCUGCAAGCUCAUCUACGAAGCCAUGAACCAGGGCAGCGGCGGCGGGCGAGCAGAGCCUUUCGGGGCAGACGACUUCCUGCCCGUGCUGACCUAUGUGCUGGUCCACAGUGAGACCAUCACGGCCACGCAGCUGGACGUGGAGUACAUGAUGGAGCUGCUGGACCCCAGCCAACUGCAGGGAGAGGGAGGCUACUAUCUGACCACGUGGUUCGGGGCCCUGUACCACAUCGCCAACUUCGAGCCGGCCAUGGUCACCCGGCAGAUCAGCGUGGAGGCCCAGCACUCCAUCAGCCAGUGGCAACGCCGUCGUACCAUCCACCCCGGGGCGGGCACCCGCCGCCGCUCCCAGGAUAUCCUCUACAUCUCCUUCCAAGAACCGUUCAACCAGCAGAGAGCCUUCCACGUCCCGCUCGCCCAAGCAGCCGAAGCCGUCAAAGCCGCCUGUGCGCAGCGUUUUGGGGUGUCGGACCCCGAAACCUACGGGCUGUACGCCAUCUGGGAGGAGGGCAGCCGGCUGCUCGAGGAGGACGCCCGGCCCCAGAAGGUCAAAGCCGAGCUGCUCCAGGCGGCCGUCCACUCCCUCUGCUUCGUCUACCGGCAGCGGGAGGUCGAGGACUCCUCCCUCUGAACUCCCCCUCCCGCAAGAGACCCGCGGAGGGCCGCCGGGGAGGACCGGACGACCACCCUCCCCGGCCCCCCGGCCCCACCAGCGGCCCCGGAGGC